UCUCAUGAACGUUACAAACCAAUCUGGUGGAGGUGCAGCGCAGAUCAGUGUUUCAGUGUGCUUAGCUCCGGCCCCCGCGCCCUCGCGCCGCGGUGCACCAACCAGGCAGCCACCACCCCGCCACGCUCCACGCUCCGGAACCUAUGCAACAGUCUUUCGUACAGCAGCGGUGGCUGGCAGAGUGACUGCCGUGCAUGGCAAGCGGGGCUGCCGGGCUGUAGGAGUGUGGGAAUGCGGGGCUGCUGGGCUGUGCCAGGAAAUACAAAGAGUGGCAGACAGUUUAUCGAGGGAGCAGGUCUUACCAGGGAAGUGGAAGUGUGGGCUGAAGGCCGCGGCGUGGACACCCCUGGGUAUAAGAGGCCGAUAAAGGGCAGGAGGUGCCAUUCUGCGGGCAGCGGGCGACGUGGACCGAGAUCAGCAGACAUGAAGACACUGGUGGUGAUCCUGGCGGUGGUGGCGGCGUGCAAGGCGGCACCGCAGUUCGCGCAACCACCCCAAGCGCUGCUUGAGUUCGGCGUGGACGACCAUGGCUGCACCGUGGCGGCCACCGGUGUGGUGUGUCCAUGGGGACCCGUCCAGUUCCUCGGGGAGGCGAAGGGCGUAGACAAGCCGUGGUUCCCCCCGCCAACACAGAGGCCAUUCCAGCAGCACCACUCUGUGCAGCAGCACCACCAGACAGCCUUCACCGGAUUGGUAGGACCUUCCGGGGUGAUCGGGCCCUCCGGCUUGGUGGGUCCCUCCGGACCUGUCGCUUUUGGUCGCUAAUGUAUGUAGUAUAGGGAUAGUGAGGCGAGCGAUGCAUCUUUUGUAGCAACGUGAAAUACAACGUGCCAUAACUGUU